CUGGCCCUCCUUCAGUCCUGUCUGUGGCAGGAGAGCAAGCUUUGCCGCGGCAGUCCCCUUACGAUGAUGCCCCAGCUCCAGUUCAGAGAUGCCUUUUGGUGCAGGGACUUCACGGCCCACACAGGCUACGAGGUGCUGCUGCAGAGGCUGCUGGAUGGCAGGAAGAUGUGCAAGGAUGUGGAGGAGCUGCUGAGGCAGAGGGCCCAAGCCGAGGAGCGCUAUGGCAAGGAGCUGGUGCAGAUCGCCCGGAAGGCAGGCGGCCAGACAGAGAUCAACUCCUUGAGGGCCUCCUUUGACUCCCUGAAGCAGCAGAUGGAGAACGUGGGCAGCUCCCACAUCCAGCUGGCCCUGGCCCUGCGCGAGGAGCUGCGGAGCCUUGAGGAGUUCCGCGAGAGGCAGAAGGAGCAGAGGAAGAAGUACGAGGCUGUCAUGGACCGGGUCCAGAAGAGCAAGCUAUCGCUCUACAAGAAGGCCAUGGAUUCCAAGAAGUCAUAUGAGCAGAAGUGCCGGGAUGCUGAUGAUGCUGAGCAGGCCUUCGAACGCAUUAGCACCAACGGCCCCCAGAAGCAGGUGGAGAAGAGCCAGAAUAAGGCCAAGCAGUGCAAGGACUCAGCCAUGGAGGCAGGUACGCGGCCCUGCUCGCUUCCUCUGACCUGGGAGGGUGGCCAGACAGGCCUGCCCCCCGCCCCCUGGCACUCUGUCCUUGCCUUGGGGACACACACGGACACAUGACUCCACAGAGGCACAUGCUCACCACUCUCACAUAAUCAUGCGAGUAAAAUAAAGACAUCCAUGUUCCUGGG